UAUCUCAUAACACCAUCAAUUAUAUUUCCUCCUUUUCCAUUUCAGCAUUAAUUACCCAGAUUCAUGGCAAACCUUGGAGCUCGAAUUAACGAUGUUUCAUCAAACCAAGUUGAGAUCCCUGUCCAUUCUGAUGGUGUGGAGCCAAAAGCAAGUGAGGAGAGCAGCAUUGACUACUCACAAAGGGGUCAGUGGCUUCGAGCAGCAGUGUUGGGAGCGAAUGAUGGGUUAGUCUCUGUUGCCUCACUGAUGAUGGGUGUUGGAGCUGUUAAGAAAGACAUCAGUGCCAUGCUUAUUGCUGGUUUUGCUGGAUUAGUUGCAGGGGCUUGUAGCAUGGCAAUUGGAGAGUUUGUCUCUGUGUACACUCAGUAUGACAUAGAGAUGACUCAGCUUAAAAGAGAGAGGGAAGCUGCUAAUAACAAUGGAGAAGCUCAAAGGGAGAAGUUACCAAACCCAUUUCAGGCUGCACUGGCAUCAGCACUGGCAUUUUCUAUUGGUGCUUUGGUGCCAAUGUUAGCAGCUGUGUUUAUAAGGAGCCACAAGAUUAGGAUGGGAGUUGUUGUUGCUGCGGUUAGCCUGGCGUUGUUGGUGUUUGGAGGGUUAGGAGCAGUUCUUGGAAAAACUCCAGUAAUGAGGUCUUGUCUAAGGGUUCUGAUUGGAGGUUGGAUGGCUAUGGCUGUAACGUUUGGCCUCACUAAAUUGAUUGCCUCUGCUCAACUUUGAAUGUUACUGAUAUUCUUAGUAAAGCUUUUAUUGGUUUUUGUUCAAAUGAAACCAACUUCUUUAAGAACUUGAAAGUUGCAAGUUUUCAUAAUAGAUAAAAAUGAAAAAGUUGGGUGUUACAUAAGAAACCAAAACCUAUAAUU